AUGGCUCAGUGUUGCCUCUCUUGGCUUCCCAUACCCUAUCCUCCCUAUCCCCACACAACCAAUUUCAGCCCCAAAUUCCACAUCUCAAACUCACUUUCUUUCCCCAACUUCCACGCCAAAUGCUUCACCACCGGUGCCGGUCCGGUUGACGGAGCAAAAAACGGCGGCAACGGCAAUCCCGGCGGAGGCGGCAACCACUCGGGCGGCAACGACGACGAACCGGAGCCCCAAUCCCCCGGAUUCCAAAUUUUCGGGCCUCUCGUGAGCGGGUGGCGUUCGAGGGUCCGCGCUGACCCACAGUUCCCUUUCAAGGUCCUGAUGGAAGAAUUAGUCGGCGUCAGCGCGUGCGUGCUCGGCGACAUGUCAUCCCGGCCCAACUUCGGGCUCGACGAGCUCGACUUCGUCUUCUCCACCCUCGUAGUGGGCUCCAUCCUCAACUUCGCCCUAAUGUACAUCCUGGCCCCGACCCCAAUAUCCGGCCCGGCCCAAACCCUCCCAUCUAUCUUCUCAACCUCUCCCCCAAGCCACAUGUUCGAGCCCGGUCCGUACACCUUCCCAGCCCGAUUUGGCACUUUUGUCUACAAAGGCCUCGUUUUUGGGGCAGUCGGGCUUGCGGCCGGGCUUUUGGGGACUGCCAUUUCUAAUGGGCUGAUUGCGGCCAGGAGGCGGGUCGACCCGGGUUUUGACCCGCCAAACAAGCCUCCACCGACUGUGCUCAAUGCUGCCACGUGGGCAGUGCAGUUGGGUUUGAGUAGUAAUUUGAGGUACCAGGGAUUGAAUGGGAUCGAGUAUUUGCUGGCUAAGGGAUUGCCACCUGUCGUUUUUAGGACAUCGGUUGUGGUUUUGAGGUGCUUGAAUAAUGUUGUUGGGGGAAUGUCGUUCGUGGCUCUUGCUAGGCUGACGGGCUCGCAGUCUGUUGAGGUGGAUAAGGUGAAGAAUGGGAAACAGGCCUGA